GCGCUGGGACCAGCGCCGCCAGGGUCCCCGGGUCCCCGUGCGCCACGGCCGCCACCGCGUGCGUCCUCGGACCGCUCCCACUGCCUUCUCUCCUGGCAGACGCUUCUUUUUUCUCCCCAUUAAAGAGCAUUCGGGCUGAAGGAUCACUUUGAGAUCCGAAGAACCCGAAGCGCUUGGAAGGAACCGAAGCUGUUUUUUUCUGCGGUUUUUUUUUUUCCCCCCCUUCGGGUUUAGUUCGCAGGGGGAAAGGAUUUUGAUCCCUUUUUUUCAGAAUGGAUUAUUUCCCCAUGAUUUUCGCUCUGCUGUUUGUGGCUUUCCAAGGAGCUCCAGAAGCAGCGGUCCUGGGCGCCGAGCUCAGCACCGGAGCCGAGAGCGGAGGGGAGACGCCCCCUCCUAGUGCGCCCUGGAGGCCCCGCCGGGCCAAGCGCUGUUCUUGCUCCUCCCUGAUGGAUAAAGAGUGCGUCUACUUCUGCCACCUGGACAUCAUUUGGGUCAACACUCCAGAGCACAUUGUUCCAUAUGGACUCGGAAGCCCCUCUAGGUCCAAGCGAUCCUUAAAGGAUUUCUUUCCUACAAAGGCAACAGACCACAGGAAGAGAUGCCAAUGUGCUAGCCAAAAAGACAAGAAGUGCUGGAAUUUUUGCCAAGCAGGAAAAGAACUCAGGGACCAAGACACCAUGGAGAAAGGCUGGAAUAAACAAAAGAAAGGGAAAGACUGUUCCAAGCUUGGAGAGAAGUGUCUUCAUCAGCAGCUGGUGGAGGGAAGGAAAAUAAGAAGGUUGGAGGCCAUCAGCAACAGCAUCAAAACAUCUUUUCAUAUUGCCAAGCUGAAAGCCAAGCUCUACAGAGAUAAGAAAGUGACUUACAACCGAACACACUGAUGGCAGGUUGUCGGGGCCUGUCUGAAGCCUUCUCAUCCACCAAGAGCCCUGGGCCUGACUCUGCGCUCUCUCCACGUGGCUGGGAUCAGAGCAAAUGCGUCCUCCCUGCUUAGACCACUUCUCGUUCCAGACUAGCACAGGACCAGCGCCCUGGGUGCAAACAUUCCAGGAAAGGUUAAGGAGUCCCCCAGCCCAUCUUCAUUUGCCUCCAUCAGUGGGAACUGCUUUCGUUUCUCUCCUCCUUUGGGGUGACAGCGGGCUAUGCAAAGAAGGCAGAGAGAUGCAGUGACCUGCAAAUUAGGGUGGCCUCCUCCUAGGGGGAGGAGGACAGGAGAUUCCACUUGCGGGCGGAGUUCCCGAAGAGGUUCCGAAGGGAGUGUUUGUGUCUCAGGCGCCUGGCACAUUUCAGGGAGAAACUCCAAAGUCCCUGCAAAGAUUUUUCUAGGGAAUGCACAAAUUGAAAACACUCUAAGGACAAACACUCGAGUUAAAAAAAAAAAAAAAAGAGACUUUGUUUUUUUAAUUCAUAAAAUGCAAAACUGAAAGAAACUGUUACUACUGUAAAUCAGGAUGAGUUUCAUGCGUAUGAGUCUACCUCACCUAUAUUGCACUCUGGCAAAGUAUUUCCCCACCUUUAAUUAUUGCUUCCCCAAACUCUUCCCCCUCUAAAAUCCCCACACUAAGCCCUAGCCUCAUGGAAGUCUGUCUAAUGUGUCAAUAGUAGAUAUAACAUUUUCAGGGUGAUCUACUAGCUCUGUUCCAUAAGAAAAGAAAGAUCAGUUGAAUCAGGAGAUUCCCUUACCUUGAUUUUUGGAAACACAAUGGUAUAGGAUUGUUUAGGAGAGACAC